CAAUCACUAAGCAGCCACGCGGACAGGCAGCCGGCGCGCUAACCAAGAGUUCGCUGCAUAUUGGGCGAUAUCCUGCUGCGCAUGCGCGAUGGACUCCUCCACAAGCCCGAAUGCCGCUGGCAACGGUGUGCAACAACAACAACUACUACAAAACCGUGUUAAACAACAACUGCAUAUGAAGCAGCAGCAACAACAACAGCAACAUGCACAGAGACAGCAGUCACAACAGCAAUCGCAGGCACAGCUAGGCAUGCAACCGGGUCAGCAACAGAAAUUACCACAACAACAACAGCAAUUGCAGAAGUUUAAACAGCAAAUGCAAACACAGCGCCUACAGCAGCAGCAACAACAACAACAACACCAUACGCAAUCACAACAGCGACAUGUGCAUGUGCAGUCCUCAGCGGUACAAUUUCCAGCGACAACAACACGAACAGCCAAUGCUGCGGCCACAAACGCUGCCUUGACCACUUUAAUUAAGGAGGAACUGUGCGCCGCCGAGCUGCAUGCCACUUCCGUUGCAGCGGCACUUGAGCAGCAGCAGCAGCAACAGAGCAACAGCAACAAGAAUGCGCAGAGCGCCAAUAACAACAACAAUAAUAGUAUUGCCGCUAGUGGCGCACAUAGCCAGAAAACGAACUCUGCCCCGAACUGCAGCACCUCCGCAACGAUUUCUAGCCCAGCCGUGGCCGCACUGGCAUUGGCGUUGGCAAAAGAUGCGAAUGGCGCCGGCAGCGAACCGCAGCUGCAGAGCAACCACGGCCUCAGCAUGAGCACGCCAUCCACCCAACAAGCGUCAACGCUGCCGUUGAGUAAGUGCGACAGUGGCAACAAUGGUGGCAACCACAACAACAACAACAACAAUAUUAAUAACAGCGCCAACAACAGCAGCGCAUCAACGUUGGCAAAUGUGUCAACUACGAAUGACCUCGCCGCCGCGGCCGCUGUUGUGCUCUCCUUACAGGGCACCAUGGUCAGCAGCCUACAGCAGGCCGCACUCCUACCCGUCAACUCACCUGCUGCAGCGGCGCUCAAUCUGCAAGCGCUGGAGUCGUACUUGGCGCUGCAGCGCAUUACCGGCAAAUCGGACGUCUUCCGCUUCAAUACCAUAACCGCCAACAACAAUAACAGCAGCAGCGAUGGAAGCGGCGAUGGCGAAACAAGUGCCAGUUGCACCACCAGUGGCAUCACUGCAGAAGAAACCAGCAACAACAACUAUAACUUAACAACAACGGUAACAACUGUGGCGUCAGCGCAACAACAACAGCAACAAGAGCUGCAAGCGGUGGAUACGGCCAACCUAUGCCAGGAGGCGUCCAAAACGCAACGUAACGCCAACACGGCAAACGCUAUACAGACGCUGUUGCAAAGUGCGGGCGCCACCGGCACUGACCUCUCCACCAGUGACCUCGGCGAUUGUGACCUGCCGUUGCUGGACGGCGAGGAGGGGCUGUCGUUUGAGGCUGCUGAACUCGAGAGUAGCUACAACAACUUCAUAUUCAACACCAACGCGUUCAACUGCCUUAACCAGCAACAGCAACAGCUGAACACACAGCAACAACAACAGCAAUCCCUAUCGACUGAUAUCGAAUCGAUUUCAUCACUACAAGCCACCAUGUUCCAAGACAAGCUAAACCAUCAACAGCUGGUCAUAAAUGAAGGUUCCGCUGCCAGCGCUCUGAACGAGGCGAGCGCACUCAAUGCUGGCAGUGGCGGUGCGGGCGGUACGGCUGUUGCUGCCGCGUCUGCCAAUUCACAGCGCGCCAAAAAGCAGUUCAUUUGCAAAUUCUGUAACCGCCAGUUCACUAAGUCCUACAAUCUACUCAUACACGAGCGCACGCACACCGACGAACGACCCUACUCGUGCGAUAUCUGCGGCAAAGCAUUUCGUCGGCAAGAUCACCUCAGAGAUCACAGAUACAUUCACUCAAAGGAAAAGCCCUUCAAGUGCGCUGAGUGCGGCAAGGGCUUCUGCCAAUCGCGCACCCUCGCCGUCCAUAAGAUUCUACACAUGGAGGAGUCGCCACACAAAUGCCCCGUCUGCAAUCGCUCCUUCAAUCAGCGUUCGAAUCUAAAGACGCAUCUACUCACGCACACCGAUAUCAAGCCAUACAACUGCAGUUCCUGUGGCAAGGUCUUCCGACGUAACUGCGAUUUACGGCGCCACAGUCUAACACAUAACCUCGCCGGCAUGACAGGCAGCGGCUUGGGUCCCGGCAAUGAGCAUCUGCUCUCACUACCCGUCAGCGUUGCGGAUAUUUUCCAAUCCACGACAGGCGGCAAUGGCGGUUCCAUUUCGGCGUCACGUAAUUUGGAUGCGAAGACGGUCACACUCUUGCCCGCUUGCACCAAGGUCGGUAACGCGUCGUCUAUAGAUCUGAUCGCGGUGACUGAUUAAGUGAUAAGGUGCUCAAGCAAGCGGAGCGCAAAACAUUUGGCCUUAUAUUUGUGAUCUACACAGGACUCUGGUUCGUUUACAUUAAUUAGUGGGAGUGACAAGCUGAAAAUCAGUUCUAAUCUAAGUAUCCCGAAUGGACCUUUUGAUUUUUGCAUUUAACUUGCAUAGUUCUUAAGCACAUUUUUCGCAUACUUACUUAUAUAUAUAUAUGUAUUCUGGAUAUUACUAGUUUAACUUUAAGUCUCUUGCGAUUAUUAGGCUUCCAAACAAUCUUAUCGUUCCAAACGUUCGACACACUAGGCUAGUGCAAAUACUAUGUAGGUGUGCGCUCACAUGAGCGCUUCACAUAUGACAAUACACACACACUCGUACAUAUAUAUACUUAUACUUGCAAAGGCAUAACUAAAAUGAACUUAGCAUAGCGUCCAUAUACAUUAAGUAACUAGCAAAGUAAGUUUACGUUUAAUUUUCUUUAUUAUUCGCUUUCGUCUCUAAGGAUAUCGCAAAUACUACCUUCACAUACAUAGAUACAAAGACAAAAAAAAACACAUAGAUAAACAUUUUAAGUAUUUCGGAUUUUACUAUCUGUGAAGUUGCAUUAUCUGUCCGAUUUCGUGUAUUUGAAUAAAAAUCUAACUUCACACAUUGACUUGAA